AGAACCGAGCCGGUGGCUCCCAGAGCGGCCGGGGCGGGCGCGGCGGGAGCCCCCAGCGCAGCGCAGCGGAGCCCAGCGCGGAGCCCACCUGCCCCCGGGGCAGCAUCCCCCGCACCUUGUCCCGGACUGAGACCUUGAUACAUACAUAUCCACACACACAUACAUUGAGAGAUAUAAAUAUAUAUAUAUACACUUUUUCACUUUUUUUUUUUUUUUUUUUUAAUCCUUCCCCCCGGCUUUUCCUCCAGGACUCUUCCACCGUCUUUGGGACAACCCGCAAACUUCUCGCUCGCUGCCCCUUCGCUGCUUUCCUGGUGGUUUUGGUUUUUUUGGGGCUUGUUUUGGUUUUUGUUUUGCUACUUUGAUUUUUUUUUUUUCCCUCGCCUCUCCUUGGGAAGACCCGCCUGCCUCUCUCGCCUCCCGUGCCCCACCGGAGAGGCCGGGAGCGGCUCCGGCGGCGCGGGCAGCACCUCCCCGGCGCACGGCGUGCGAGCCCGGCGGCGGCGCGGCUCGGCUCGGCUCGGCUCCCUGCGGCCCGGCACGGCCCGGCUCGGCUCGGCACGGCUCGUCCCGGGCGCUCGCCCCCGAUAAUGCAGAGCUACAAGUACGACAAGGCGAUCCCGCCGGAGAGCAAGAAUGGGGGCAGCCCGGCGCUCAACAACAACCCCGCCAAGAGCAGCAGCAAGAAAGCCCUGCUCAUCUGCCUCGACUGCCUCUGCCUCGUCAUGGCUGGCUUGCCCUUCCUCAUCAUCGAGACAAGCACAAUCCAACCCUACCAGAGGGGCUUCUACUGCGACGACGACAGCAUCAGGUACCCGCUGAAGAACGUGGAGACCAUCAACGACGCGGUGCUGUGUGCUGCGGGCAUCCUCAUCGCCAUCCUCGCGAUCAUAACGGGAGAACUCUACCGCAUCCACUACCUGAAGGAGAAGUCCCGCUCCUUCAUCCAGAACCCCUACGUGGCAGCUCUCUACAAGCAAGUGGGCUGCUUCGUUUUCGGCUGUGCCAUCAGCCAGUCCUUCACAGACAUUGCCAAAGUGUCCGUCGGGCGCUUGCGGCCGCAUUUCCUGGCCGUGUGUGACCUGGAUUUCUCCACCAUCAACUGCGCCAAGGGAGUUUACAUCCAGAACUACACCUGCAGGGGAAACGACAGCAGGGUGCAGGAGGCCAGGAAAUCCUUCUUCUCUGGGCACGCAUCCUUCUCGCUGUACACCAUGCUGUAUUUGGUGUUUUAUCUGCAGGCCAGAUUCACGUGGAAGGGGGCCCGCCUGCUGCGUCCCCUGCUGCAGUUCACCCUGGUCAUGAUGGCCUUUUACACCGGGCUGUCCCGCGUCUCCGACCACAAGCACCACCCCACCGACGUGCUGGCAGGCUUUGCACAGGGAGCCCUGGUGGCUUACUGCGUGGUGUUUUACGUCUCAGAUCUCUUCAAGCCCAAGACAAAGACUUGCCUGCCUCCACCUCCCAUCCGGAAGGAGAUCCUUUCACCUGUGGACAUCAUUGAGAGGAAUAACCACCACAACAUGGUGUAGAACUUCGAGCAAUCAGAUGGGUGUUGUAUUUUUAACUUUUUUUUUUUUUUUUUUUUUUUUUUUUUUUUUUUUUUUUUUUUUUGCGAAAAAAAGUGACUGCUGACAGCAACUACCUGCUGCUCUCAAAUCUCAUCAGACAGUAGAAUGUAGGGAGAGACUUUCUUGCCCAACCAGUAAAGUCUUACUCUGUGGUCUUUUCAACUUGCGACAUUUGGAUGAAAGGGGUGGUGGUGGUCAACGAAGGCAAAGGCGACAAUGAGAAAGGAAAAAUGGAAAACCCCACACGACACAAAAAGCCGAACAAACAAAGAGAGGUGCCGGAGUUCUGGAUGUGCAAUUGGUUUGAGUGUUCAUGUUGUAGUGAACGCCAAAUUGUUCCCAGCUCAAUGAACACUAAGGGAUUUUUGGAAAGCUGGCCAUCCUAGAUUUUUUUUUCCGACUACGAAGAUUUCCGAUGCCUGCGAGGAAAAAACAAAACAACUCACGACUAAAUUGUAUAGCACUAUGUAUGAGCAACAGCACUGAGUCAAGAUCUGGGAUUGGUUUGUAAGAGUUGCUUUUUUCUCUUUUUGAUCCUGGUUUCUUUUUGCCUCCUCUCUUCCAUACUGUGACUUAAUUUAGAAGAAGCUUGCCCAGUCCACGAUCUCCGAAGGGUCUCUGUUCUCUCUGCUCACAGUACACGCCUUCAACGAGCGGCCCCGAGACGCGCAGUGAGGCCGGAGAGCUCCUUCCUCCGUGCAGAGAAGCCACAUUUCCUCCUCCCCGCUCGCUCCCUGCCGAGGGCUCACCCCACCCGAGCCCCUCUAAACACAAAGAGCAUCCUCCACUUCCCAACCAUCCCCUUUCCCCUCCUCAAAAAGCAACCCCAGUGGGUUUUGCGCGCGCCUGCCCGCGGGAGCCAGCGGCGUUUGCGCCAGGGGAGCGGCGGCUCUGCCGAAGACUCCUUCGCACUACGACCCCGGGGCUGAGUCCCGGGGAAACUUUUAUUCUGCAGUUUUGGGACGGGCUGCUGGGCGGCACGUCCCGGCCUGGGUGUCAGUCGGUUUGUGCAUCCCCUCCUCUCCUCCUCCUCCUCGUCCCUGGGGCACCCUGGGGUGCGCCAUGGCAGUGCCAGGUCCUGUGCCCCGCUGGGUCACUCCGGUGGGAAAUCAGCUGUGCCCCUCUGGGGUGUGGUGAUGAAUUAUUUUCUUUUCUGCCCAGAAGCCACAGGUGCUUGGUUUGCAGCCCUCCCACGAAGCGCGUUUGCAAAGGGAUCCCGCAGAACACGCAGAACGGCCAUUUGCACAUCCUUCUCACAGAAUCCGUCCUAUCAUUUCAACUUAUAGCAAGCUAUGAUUUUUUUUUAUAUUAUAAAUAUUAUAUAAAUAAUGUAUAAAACCUUAAAAAUUAACUAUGUAAAAUAUUAUUUCCGAAACAAUUUUAGAUAUAUCCACUAUGACUAUAAACUGUGUCCUGACCUGUGUUAUUUACAUUUUGCUGCUUAAAAAAGCAUUGAAUUAAUUUUUUUAUAGUCAACUAAAAUAUUGUAGUUCUGUGGUAGUAAUAUUUUAAUGAAAAUAACUACAAUUAGAGACAUUUGUAUAAAAAAAAACAUAUUAAAUUGUCUGUAUUUUUGUAAUGUUCCAUUUUGUAAAGAGAAGAAUAUUCAAAGACUUUUGUAGAAUACAAAAUUGAAGUUUGUAUCUGCGAAAUUAUUGCUGUAUAAAUGUGCUUUUUAAAUAAAAGCUCAUAACACAACUAAA